UAAAUGUGUGGUAAAUGUCGGAUAUUGCCACCAAUUAUAUAGGCACAUGUUCGUUGGCACAGCAUGAUUAGGUAAUAGCAAUAAUUAAUGUGAACUUAUAACGAGCAGCAUCACGACUAAGACCGAUCGCACUCUCCUAAGGAUAUAUCACGGUAAGCCAGCCAGCCAUGUAAACAGAUACCACAUGCAGAGAAAGAAGUCAAAGAACAGCCUGCCCGAGACGAGAGCCGAACUCAGGAAAGUCAACCUUCACUGUAUUGGUGACCGUUGAGCCACCGGGCCGAUCUAAGUUCGUGGAAGAAACAGCUGUCCGAAUUUCCCACCUGGAACACACGACCAAUGACCGUAUGCACGAAGCACAUUAACUGAGCCCCCAAGCCUUGAGAACUCACCACUCAGGACACCGUUGAAGAAGUCAGAAAGAAGACAGACGCAUCGAACUUGAAGGAAUGGAUUAUAAAGAUUCCAGUCUCCAUGGGAUCCUCAUGUCUGCCAGCAAAAAGGCCAUUGAGAUGAAUCUGUCCAACGAUCAGUCGCAGUGCCCAAUUUGUACAUGUCAAGGGGCAGAAAUGAAUAGUUGAACUUUUCACGCAAAUGUUAAGUAUAUUAAACUUAAACCUUAUUUUUUUAUCACUAAGUGAAAUUGCGUGCAUUUCUAGUAGGCUUAUAUUCUGUUAUAACUAUUUUCUCAAAGUGCUUAAUUCUUAUAUUGUCACGAACAUCACAGAGCAUCAAAAUGGCGACCACUUUUCAUUUUAGUAAGGAAACGCCCCCAGAUUCGAUGUUUAGUGAUUUUCAGGCGUUGAGCAAAUUCCAGGACGAGCAAUUUUCUGCUCUUACAGAGUAUGUGUUUCUCUUCCUAACAGAACCAUCAAAGUCUUCAAGAUUCACGUCCCAUUUGGAAGAGUUUGCACAACAAAAUGGUGUUGGAGUUUCAGCGCUAAAGAAUGUUGUCAAAAGUCUAGUAGCAGUCCCCAACUAUGCUCUCAAAAAGAGUCUUACACCUAGUCAGCUGCAGGAAGAUUUGGUAAAUUUAGGUUUGUCGGAGGAGAAGGCAGAUGCAUUUACAAAACAGUUUCAGUCCAACUUCAUUGCUUUGUCACGUGGAGCCCUGGACCUUACACUGAUGGUCAACCAGCUGGUGGACAUGGAAUGGAAGUUUGGAGUGACAGCCUCAAGCAGUGAGCUUGACAGAGUUGGAAACACUUUUCUGCAGUUAAAACUGGUAAUUAAUACAGGAAAUGGAAUGAAGAAUGUUUACAUGGAACUGAGUCUUCCACAGUUUUACUCCUUUCUUCAUGAGAUGGAGAAAGCCAAAGCCAGCCUGGAAUACCUUAGCUAGUGCAAUAGUAAUUUCACUCUGCCUUUAUGCCAUUUUCAAAUGUUCUUCUCCUAUAAUAGAUAACUAAAAGACAUAAUCCUGUUUGUAAUGCUAUUCCUCGACAGAUAAAAAGACUUCUUUGAGAACAUGCAUGAGAACAUGUACACUAAUGCAUUGUAAGAGGUGAGAGUAGAUAAAAAGGGGUAACUAUGAGAGGAACAACCGUAACACAAUCAACACAAUCAUAGAAACAUAAAAUCAUAAAAACAGCAGGAAAAAAGAUUUUAUUGUUUAUGACAGCAGGAUAAGAAAGACUAUCUGCAGGCUUGUUCUUUGGUAACAAGACAAAAGUAACAAGAUUCUUGUAUCCCUCCGUUCUUUACAGCAGCAAUACUUGAUUUAUACAUGUUGAAAGAUUUGAUUCAACAAAAUCUAAACUAUACUGACCUGAUCAUAUAUGUCGUUAGAAAUUAAAUAGCAUACAAUUUUGAGGAGAUUUUAAAGCUAAUAUUGAAUGGAACAACUUUCAUAUUUUUUAAAAAGUCUACAAGGACAACAAUGUUAAUAAUAUAUAUAAAGUCAUACACUUAACAAUUUAAUUCAGGUUUUGUAUAUGUGCACUAGUGUCAUUUGUGAGAUGAUAGGGUAUUUAAAGUAGAGAGUGGAAGUACAAAACCAUGUUCAUAAGGCUUAAUAAAACCAUCUGCAGCAAGAGUUUGCUUCAUUAUUAUGCAGCUUAUGAAAAUACGAAGUCUUGGACUGCAGCACAGGAACACUGGGAUUGGGUGGCAUAAGGAUUUAUUUCUUUUCACAUUGUGAGUGAACCCCAUGGGCACUUUCAUGUAAAAUGAUUCUCAUGCAACCCAGUUUUGAAAGUAUUUGUAAUUGUAAAACUAUUUUCUCCCACUGUCCUUUCCCUGUUCAUUCCCCAACCUCCCUUGAUCACAAAUGCACGCAUCUCCUUCAGAAAACUAUCCAUCACAUAUUAUUUAUUGUCACCUUUCUUUUAAUAUUCUGAAAUAUAUUUAUGUGCAUAUGUGUGUGCAUAAGUUGUUAAAAAUUUGUGGCCGUUACAACAAUUGUAAUGUCUACAUGUUACAUUUAUGAUAGUUCAACAAUGUUCAAUAAAACUUUUUACAUAA